GCCGUCGAUAGGCCCAGGGACAAGCCGGUACCCGUGCACCUGAGGUGGGUGCCAACCCAAGGCGGCCUCAGGGCAGUCUAGAGCUAGGGCUGAUGGGUUGGGCUGACUGCCUCUCUCUCUCCAUCCUGGUCUCCAUCCUCUCGGUAUAUGAUGGAUGACUCCUCCGGACAGCUUCGUGGGCUGCAUUCUUGCCGCUGAGCCGUGGCAGAGACAGCUUCCUCUCUUUCCUCCCUUCCUAUUCGCACUCUUUUGUCCGUGCGUCCUUGACCUUCGGGUGCGCCUUCCCACAGCUUCGCGCGAACCCCACCUCGACGUGCCUGGCGUCCUCACAUGCGAAACAGCUUGAGCAUCUGCCCUGCCCAGCCUUGGCCCUGACCCACGACUUACAGUUGCUUCGCCGCGCACCCUCAAAGAGCGUCGUGAUCGUCACUCUGGGACAGCCAUGCAGGCCGCAUCGUCGCCCGGGACGCCCAGCCCGCCGCUGGCUGGCACAGAGGCCCGGCAAUGGAGCUUCCACAGCAUGCCCUCUCCCCGCAUUGCCGUCCACGACGAUGCCACCGUGAGCCCUGGCUUCGAGCGGCCACCCCUGGCUCCUCACCUGUCGGCACCUCCAGGUCCCCAGUAUCAGAGCCCCCUGAGGCAGCAUAAGCGUACCCCCUCACAACAUCGUGAGAUCAAGGAAACCCUUAAUGCCAGAACGCAGUAUACUAGUGACGAGACAGAGGGCACCCAGCACCGCAUAAACCAAUAUGUCAUCCGCCAGGAGAUUGGCCGCGGGUCUUACGGUGCUGUACACCUCGCGACCGACCAGUUUGGCCAGGAAUAUGCGGUCAAGGAGUUUUCCAAAACACGGCUCCGGAAACGCAUCCAGUCAAACAUCCUGAGGCGUCCAGACAUGACUGCUGGUGGUAGUGCUGGGCCGGGCCCAGGUCGCCUCAUGGCCCAGCGCCGACAAUUCCAGUCGCAAAAGGCGGCCGAGAUCAAAGAUGCCCUGUACCUCAUCCGGGAGGAGACUGCCAUCAUGAAGAAGCUGAACCACCCGAACCUGGUGGCCCUGAUCGAAGUGCUGGAUGAUCCAGAAGAGGACUCUCUGUACAUGGUCCUCGAAAUGUGCCACAAGGGCGUCGUCAUGAAAGUCGGGCUCGACGAGGAUGCUGAGCCGUACAGUGAAGAUAUGUGCAGGACAUGGUUCCGCGACCUGAUUCUGGGCAUAGAGUAUCUACAUGCGCAAGGAGUGGUCCAUCGCGACAUCAAGCCAGACAAUCUUCUCCUGGCAGCUGACGACUGCCUCAAGAUUGUCGACUUUGGUGUAUCAGAAAUGUUUGAGAAGCCUGAUCUAAUGGUGACCAAGAAGUCCGCAGGCUCCCCGGCGUUCCUCCCUCCAGAGCUAUGUGUCGCAAGACACGGCGAUGUCUCUGGCACAGCGGCAGAUAUCUGGUCCAUGGGAGUCUCGCUGUACUGCCUCAGAUACGGCAAGCUGCCAUUCAACAAGCCAGGCGUGCUGGAGAUGUAUGAAGCAAUACGUAACGACGAGGUCCCAAUACCAUCAGAUGAAGGGCCCCUCUUCGCAGACUUGAUGUCCAAAGUUCUAAACAAGGACCCAGACACCAGGAUAACAAUGACAGAACUUCGGGAACACCCUUGGGUCACAAACGAAGGCAGCGACCCGUUGCUCAGCAAAGAGGAGAACUGCGCCACUCUUAUCGAGGCCCCAGACGAGAUGGAGGUGAAUCACGCCUUCACCCGUAAGAUGAGCCACAUGUUCUACGUUAUGCGGGCUAUUCACCGGUUCAAGUGCCUCAUCUCCAAAAGCAAAGCCUCUACCCCAGAGCCAACAACCUCGCGAACAUUUAGCUCCCUAGGUCUCCCCAGCAGGAUCGUACUACCAGGGGUGGAGAAGAUGAAGAGCCUGGCGUCUGGCGUCCUGCCGACUCCUCAGCUACUGUCUCCAUUGUCAUUAUCAACACCAAGCGAUAACAAUAACAACCUUAAUGACAACACGACGUCGGGUGGUAAGACGGUCGCAGAGGAAGCCGCCGAGCUUGUCAGACAACGGCGGGCGUUCCUCGCCUCACAAGAGGGUGCAAGCCAAGCUGCCCUGUCUCUACCACCCGCCGCAGCUGGAACAGACACCAGUGUCCGGACUCCACAUCAACCCAAGUGGCCGCCUCCUGGGCUGGGCAUACACACCGACCUUGACGACGGGCACGAAACUCUCAUUCAUGGCGAUGCCUCGGCGCAGCAGCAGCAGUUCGUGUCGGAUUCGCCCACCGGCAUCGACUUUGAGGACCUCCACGGCGAGUCGAUCUACGACCGCGCCUUCUCGGCCGAGAUCAAGCGCAUCCGGUCCCAGAAGCACAAGGAGAGGUCCAAGACUUACCUCACCCGCCUCCUCGGCGCAAAGGAGGUGGAGAAGUGGGCCGCGGACGACUGCAUGAUUGUCGAGGCGGGCAGGAGUCUGGCCGCAAAGGUCGGCGCGAUCGGCGGCGACGGCAGCGGCAAGGUCAGCUUUGGUAGCAGGAAUACUGGUGGCCACGGUGUUGGCGGGGCCGCCGCGGCCGCAGGUGGGGAUAUGAGGGAUCUCCUUGCCAGUAGGUUGACGACGGCGAGGCGGGAUAUCCAAGAAGGGGCGGCCAAGGUUGACGGCAUUGCCCGGGAGCAGGGGAUGAAGUUUGCGGAUCUGGUUGCGCAGAUGACAAAAAGCAAGCAGGCGGGAGCUGGGAUAGGGGCGGAGAUAGAGACCCAGCAAGCGAGAGAGCCGUGAUGUCGAUGUUGACGUCGAAAAGAAGUAAGCAGUAGAUCUCAACUGUGGAUGUAAUUUGUACUUGUUGCCAUUGUCAGAUGGCUGUGGAGGGGCGGCAAGCGGAAGAUCAACACAAAGUCGGGGAAGCACGAGCGAGUAGCGGGAAAGGAUUCAUACGUAUAUGUAUAUACAUAACUAUACGUCAACCAAACAAAAGCUACAUCGAUUCUUGA